UAGGUAGGUACACAGAGUGACUGUAAAUUUGGCCCUUAAUCCUUGUUAAAUAACAAAAACCUUAGAUUGGGCCACACAAAAACAAUAUCAUAUAGACAUUGACACAAUCUAAGGUUUCUGUUAACUAACAAAGACUUAACAAUGAUUGAUCUAGCUGCACUUGAAUAGACUUUUUGGAAUUUAUUUUUUUUUGCUCAGUACUUUCAUACUAUUUGUAAUCUAUUAAGCAGCCAAGUAGCUCAGAGAUCUUUGUAAAUAUAAAACUAGUAUUGCAGCUUGGAUGUCUACUUUUUUGUCCUAUUUCUGGUAUUAGGAGUAUCAGAAAUGACAAAGAGAGUGCAGCAAUGAAGAAACCGAGCAAAACUCAACGUCACAUGUCAAAAAUUAGUCCAAAUAAUGAAAAUGGCUGACAAGAAGAGGAGCAAGAAGCGAAAAGAUGAUUAUGUGGGUCCCGGAGAAGAAGUUCCAAACAAACCCACUAAAGAGGAGUACGGCAUUGCGAAAUGGAUGAGGAAAAAUGUUCCCAUUAAAAGGACCAAGUUUUUGAAUCAUAAUGUUGAAUAUUUUACUGGCAAAAGAGCAGUGGACGCUCUUUUAGAGUCCAAAUACGUAACCGCCGACAAUGCCCUGUUCAAAUCCAGAGAAGACAUUGUCGACUACCUGCACUUGAUGCUCGAACACAAAUUUUACCAUCGCGCCAGAAAAGUUCCAGUUUCCGAACAAGAGCUGAAAGGCAAAAGGAAGGAGAAAAAGAAAGAGCUGGAAUCAGGCGACGAGGACAAGGCGGAAAAAGAGCACAACAAGGGAACUGACGCUGAAAGCAGUGUUGUUGAGAGUAAAGAUGCUUUAGAACAACCUCAAAAAGAAAAACGCAAGAAGAAAAUCCGCUUGGAAAUGCACAAUGACCAACGUUUUGUUGACAGCCUUGACGCCUAUGUUUGGAUUUACGACCCAAUUCCUUUUCACUAUUGGAUUUUUGGGGCUUUACUUGUUGUAGGUGCUAUUGGUAUUUGCAUGUUCCCACUAUGGCCUCCAGUUGUCAGAUUAGGAGUAUAUUACAUUAGUGUAGCAGCAGCUUGUUUCCUGGUUUCAAUCAUAGUAAUGGCUGUAAUAAGAUUGAUCUUGUUUUGCUUAAUUUGGAUGGUCACGUUGGGUAGGCACCACUUGUGGAUUUUGCCCAAUUUAACUGAAGACGUCGGAUUCUUUGCCUCUUUUUGGCCUUUGUAUAAGUACGACUAUAAAGGGCCCGGGGCUCAGGGGGACAAAAAGAAAAAAAAGAAAAAGAAGGAUAAGGACAGUGAUGCUGAAGAUGAUAAUGCUGAGAAAAAAGAGAGUUCUGAAGAUGAACAAGAACAAGAAGACAUAAAAACUAUUGAAGGAGCAAAUUUGGAUAAUGAAGAAGUUGGUUCUGAGAGUGAAAGUGACACAAAAUCCAGUACAGGGAAGGAUUUUGAAAUGGUUGAUCAUAAAGAACUUGAAGAGUCAUAAAAUAGUAUUAUUGGGGACUUUAGAUUAUUAUUCAUCAAGUUUGAGAAAAAAUAAAUAUAUAUUCAUUGCUAUCGCACAUUGAAGAAUAACAAAAUUUUGGAUUUUAUCAUUAGCUAAUAAUUGUUAGGAUAAUGUUACGUUGAUAAAUUAUUACAAUAUUGUUGAGAGAUUAUUGAAAUGUUUACUGGACAACAAUUUGGGGGUUUUCGAGGGUAGUUUUUUGGAUUGUAUAUAAAAUACACACACAAGUCCUAGUGGAUCGGUUGCUUUCAUUAGAAUAAAUUGCAUUUAUUUUUAUUUAACAAUUUUAGUAUAAAUUAUUAUUUAUCUUAUAAAUAAAGGUAAUUGUAAAUAUUUAA